CGCCGCCCGAGCCUCAAGACCCACUGGACGACAGGUAACGCGGAACACUCAGCUGCCCAAAAUGGCCGACAACAACGCCCCCGUCACCCUGCGCACGCGCAAAUUCAUCACCAACCGUCUUCUCGCUCGCCGUCAAUUCGUCGUUGACGUUCUCCACCCUUCCCGCGCCAACGUCUCCAAGGAGGAGCUCUCCGAGCGCCUUGCUGCCGUCUACAAGACAGACAAGAAGCGCGUCGUGACGUUCGGCUUGAGGACACACUUCGGUGGCGGUCGCAGCACGGGCUUUGCUCUCAUCUACGACGAUGAGGCAUCGCAGAAAAAGUUUGAGCCCCGCUACCGGUUAGUGCGGUCUGGUUUGGCUGAGAAGAUCGAGAAGCCGUCGCGUAAGCUGCGCAAGGAGCGUAAGAACCGUGCGAAGAAGUUGCGCGGCACGAAGAAGAGCAAGGCCGCGGAGCCGCCCAAGAAGGGCAAGUAAUGGUUGCGCGAGUGUACCAUCUUGUACGGGCGUGCUGUGUUGUACAUUACCCCCCGGCAUACUUCUCGUAUCCGCGCCGCUAUGCAUAUGCUGUCGUUCACAACCGCUGUUGCAGCACUCUCGUCCCCAUGUCCCGUAUGUCCUACCAUACAUGAUCUUAUGCAUAUGUUCAGCGAAAGGA